UCCGGGGUCGCAGCUAAGUCGCGUCCGCACCCCAUCAGAGAGAGAGAGAGAGAGAGAGAGAGAGAUUGCCGCGAGUCGAGAGCCCUAAACUGUAAAAAUCUUCUACGAAGGCUUGGAUCCCGCGGCAACACCCAUCGGAGAAAAAGGUCAGUGAUUGGUCAGGACAGAGAAUAUCAUGUGAUGCUAUAUGACCCUAUCUCCAUUAAAAUUUGGUAAAAAUUGGCUGAUGUUCUGCAACAACACUGUGCAGUGGAGUGGCCACAAGCUUUAGACGGAGAUACAAUGUUCACGCCUUCUGAAACUAAGAUGGAUGCAACAAAUACGUCCUUCGGGAGAACUUUGUUAGAUGAAAUUACACCUGUCAUAAUGGUGCUUCGGACUUCGCUCGUUGAAGAAGCUUGCCAAAAGAACAGCUUGAGCUUUGUCCAGAUGCUACAACCAUUCUGUCUAUUUAACAAGAUUGAUGUACCUGUACGUACAGCAAGUGAUCAACCCUAUAGGUUGCAGAUGUUCAAGUUGCGGUUGGCUUAUGCUUCUGACAUACACCAGAAAAAUGUCGGGGUUUUGGAUGAGCGUUUGAAUCAUUUGGUCAGUAACGCUAGUGAGGAAGAUCUUUCUGAUUUGCAAUCUGACCCUCCACAACUUGAAACUGUGCUUGCUAUGGCCAAAUCUAAAUCUCAGCCAUCAUGGUUUCAAAUCUUCAAUAAAGAGCUUCUACGCACAGUUUCCUUUUCAGAACAUGAAGCCUUUGAUCAUCCUGUGGCAUGCCUUUUGGUUGUAUCAUCCAAGGAUGAGCGACCUAUCAACAAAUUUGUUGACCUUUUCAAUACAAAUCAGCUGCCUUCUCUUCUAAAUGAAGGUGCAAUGGAUCCAAAAAUUCCGAAGUAUUAUUUGCUAGUGCAUGAUAAUGAAGAUGGAAGUUCAGAGAAGGCGAGUGGCGUUUUAGCGGAAAUGAGGAGCACUUUUGGCUCAAAUGAUUGUAGAUUACUGUGCAUCAACUCUGGUCAAGGUGUGGUUGGAGAACAAAACGAUAAUAUAUGGAUGCCGUAUAAAGCAGAUGCUUUGCCAGGUCAGGAUAUUGGCCGUCUCCUGAAUAUGGAUGAUCUCAAUGAGAUAAAGGAUCUGAUGCAAGAUCUAUCAUCCAAACAUAUCAUUCCGCACAUGGAGCAAAAAAUACGCCUGCUCAAUCAGCAGGUUUCUGCUACAAGGAAGGGUUUUAGAAACCAAAUAAAGAAUUUGUGGUGGAGAAAAGGAAAAGAAGACACAGUAGAUGCUCCUAGUGGCUCUAUGUACACCUUUAGUUCUAUUGAAUCUCAAAUAAGAAUCUUGGGCGACUAUGCUUUCAUGUUACGAGAUUAUGAACUAGCCUUGUCGAACUAUCGAUUACUUUCCACUGAUUACAAGCUUGACAAAGCCUGGAAGCGCUAUGCCGGUGUGCAGGAAAUGACCGGACUUUGCUACUUUAUGUUGGACCAAUCAAGAAAAGAGGCCGAGUAUUGCAUGGAGAAUGCUUUUCACACUUAUUUGAAAAUUGGUUCUUCUGGUCAGAGAAAUGCUACAAGGUGCGGCCUAUGGUGGGCAGAAAUGCUCAAGGCCUGGGGUCAGUACAAAGAUUCUGCGGGCGUUUUUUUUCGUAUUUCCCAUGAGGAACCUCGUUUACAUUCAGCUGUAAUACUCGAGCAGUCAUCGUACUGCUACUUGUUUUCUAAUCCACCUAUGUUGCGCAAGUAUGGAUUUCAUCUUGUUCUGGCUGGUAACUAUUACGAUAUUUCUGGUCAGAGAAAACAUGCCAUUCGGACAUACAAAAAUGCUCUGUCUGUUUAUAAAGGGAAUGUUUGGAGCUAUAUCAAUGACCAUGUUCAUUUUAACAUUGGAAGGUGGCAUGCUUUUAUUGGUAUGUUUGACGUGGCAAUCAAGCAUAUGCUUGAAGUUCUGGCAUGUACUCAUCAGUCCCCUGCGACACAAGAGUUAUUCCUUAGUGAAUUUCUUCAUACUAUUAAGAAUACAGGGAAAAUGUAUGAGGUGUUCAGACUACAGCUGCCUGUUAUAAACAUGCUCUCACUCAGAGUUGUUUUUGAAGACCAUCGGACUUACGCGUCAUCUGCUGCUGUGCAUGUCAAGGAAAGCUUGUGGCAGUCUUUGGAGGAGGAAAUGGUUCCAUCUAUAUCUACAGUUAGGACAAACUGGCUAGAGUCACAGCCAAGAUCUUCCACUUCAAAGAAAUAUAAUGAUUUUUGUGUUUGUGUAGCAGGAGAAGCCAUAAAAGUACAUCUCGAAUUCAAAAAUCCUCUUCAAACCUCUAUUUCUGUGUCUGGUGUUUCUCUUGUAUGUGAGCUUACUGCAAGAUCUGAGGCAUCAGGUUCUGGUGAUCAAUCUAUCAAUGAUGAGGAUGAGUGUAUAUCGGCAACUGGGCUUCUGGAUACCGCAGAACUUCAAAAAUUCGUCAGUAACCGGGAGAUGAACACUGACAACUCUUCAUUUAUAUUGUCAGAGGCGGAUUUUGUACUAAGAGGUGGUGAGGCCAUGGUGGUACAACUAAAUGUUACUCCUAAAGUGGAAGGUUUCCUAAAAAUAAUUGGAGUAAGAUGGACGUUGUCAGGAUUUGUAGUUGGUUAUCAUAAUUUUGAUUCUGAUAUACCAAAAAAGAAACCCUUCAAAGGAAGAAGGAAUAUCAGGCCUUCUCCAAGACAUAACCUAAAGUUUGUUGUGAUUAAGAGUGUACCCAAGCUCGAGGGUUAUAUCCAUGACCUACCCACAAAAGCAUACAUGGGGGAUUUGCGACGCCUCGUUUUAGAGCUGAGAAACCCAUCAGAAUUUUCUGUAAAGAAUUUGAAAGUGAAGAUCAGUCAUCCAAGGUUUUUAAUGCCAGGAAGUCAGAAAGACAUGGACAUGGAAUUUCCUGCCUGUCUAGAAAACCAGCCAAGUCAUGAUCAAAAUAAUGUGCACACUAAUGUUAUGGAGAAGAAGUCCAUUGGCUCUUUAUUUUCAUUUCCUAAGGAUCUUGCAAUUCAAGGGGGAUCAACUCUUUUAUGGCCUCUUUGGAUGCAUACUGGAGUUUUUGGAAGAAUUUCCUUAAGUUUAUCAAUAUAUUAUGAAAUGGAAAAUGCUUCAAGUGACAUGAGUUACCGUACGCUACGCAUGCAUUACAAUUUGGAGGUAUUGCCAUCACUUGAUGUGUCCAUCCAAAUCACUCCUUGCCCAUCAAGAUUGCAAGAGUUCCUUGUACGCAUGGAUAUUGUCAACAAGACCAGUUCAGAAAGUUUCUGUCUUCGUCAGUUGUCAUCUGUUGGUUAUCAUUGGAAAAUUUCAUCACUGCCACCACAUGUUUCUGUCUGUCCCUCGCAACUUUUACUAGCUGGUCAAGCGUUGUCAUGCUUCUUUAAACUUGAGGACUGUGGGAAAUCCUCAACUGCUGAAAACAUAAUUGCUUCUUCUAUAGUCGACAAAGGAAGUGAUGUAAGGCUUGGUUCUCAGGGCAACAAUGAAGCAUUACUUGAUAUAUCUAGCUCACCUCUGUCAGAUUUCCACCAUCACGAAAGAUUGCACCAGGAGAAGGCAAUUCAGGAAUUUCAAAGUACAGUUGACUUCAUCUUGAUCUCACAGCCACAAGAAAGUAAGGCUAACCUCGAGCCGAGAAGUCUAUCAGAUCCACCCCGACUGUUUUCUCACCAUGCAUGUCUAUGCAGUAUCGCCAGCACAAGCCCGAUAUGGUGGCUAAUGAAUGGUCCCCGGACUGUUCACCAUGACUUCUCCGCUUCUUUCUGUGAGACAAGGCUCCAUAUGACCAUCUACAACUCCUCGGGUGCAGUUGCCUCCAUCAAGAUCAACACCUUUGACGCCUUGCCCAACACAAGCCAACUAAGCGAUGCAGCUCAAUCACCGUUUUCUUCUGGAAACCAAGUGGGUUGGCAUGACAUGUCUCUCUCGAAUGACAUAAAACUCCUCCCAUCUGAUGAUCAAGGGACUCAACCUGGCAAGCCACCAUUGUUCGAAGGUAUCUCCCCUUUUGUGUGGUGUGCAUCGAGCUCAACUCGAGUUGUACUGGAGCCCAUGUCCACAGCUGAGGUGCCUCUUCAGAUCUGCAUAUUCUCACCCGGGACCUAUGAUCUAUCAAAUUACACAUUGCAUUGGAACCUUCAACUGUCCGUUGAUGAAGGCUCGUCUGUCAGUGAUGCAACAAGGCGGUCCUCUGGGACAAGCCCUGGGCAUCCGUUUUAUCUUACUGUAAUUCAAUCUCCUUGAUUUUUUAUUUUUUAUUUUUUUUAUCAGGCGACGGGUUUCAGCACUCCCGGGUGAUGGUUUUGCUUUUUUUAGGAUGAUAGUUCUAAUGUCUAUUUAGUAUUUUUUUAUUUUUAUUUUUUCUUGUAGAUUAUGGUUUGGGCGGUGACAGAUGCUGCAAGCAAUUCAGUGUAGAACCAAUCAUUGCUUGCAGCUCAUUUUACCCAUGGUCGCUUUUAAAGGGGGUUGAUAAUCUUGUAUUGUUGAAGGUGGACGUUGAUUCAUUUCUUUGUGGGUGUAUGGUUUCUGCUUAUACGGUUUGUUGUAUUCUGCGAUGAUCCAACUGAAACAAUUCGAGUUUGUGAAAGAUAUAUAUAUAUUUUUUUUCUAAAUGCCCCCAUUCUGUCAUGCA